AGCUAGCGACCUUAACUGCGAAGAACUAGAGGAUUAGGGUUUUAGGGCUUCCAUCGGCGUGGAAAUGGCGCUCUCUUCCUCGACAGCCCUCCGCAGGAUACUACGGGGAUCUUCAUCACCAUUCUACCAGCUGAAAUUCACCUUCUUGCCCAGCCGUCAAAGCUCUACCUUUCCGCUGGAUGAAGACAGCGGAAGCAAAGAACUUCCUCCGUUGUCCACCCCAAAGCUAUUCGUCAGCGGGCUGUCGAGGUUAACUACUGAUGAAAAACUUAAAGAAGCAUUUUCUCCCUAUGGCCAACUGCUUGAAGCAAAAGUUAUCACGGAUCGAGCCUCUGGAAGAUCCAAAGGCUUUGGGUUUGUAAGCUAUGCAACAAUCGAAGAGGCAGAUAAAGCUCGUUAUGCGAUGAAUGCAAAGUUCUUGGAUGGGUGGGUUAUUUUUGUUGAUCCUGCGAAGCCGAAGGAACGAAGGCCUUUCACUGCCUCGCCCGAACCUGAGGCUCCAGAAACCGGCUUCCGGACUAAUAAGACAAUUGGUUGGUGUGGAUGAUUAAGCAGAACAUGCAUACAAAGGUAUUUCUCGUGUUUAAAAGAGUGUUAGAAUAUAAAUUUUAGAGCUUGAAUGUAUCCUGAAUGAAUUAUGAUUAUUGGUUAUCAUUUGCUUCAAUCCAAGAAGGUUUGAAAAUGCCAUUGAAUUUAUGUUUUUGUGGUGCUGAAUGUAUUGUUAAUUUUUGUAAUUGCCUAGUGCCAAUUGAACAUUUUGAUAAUAGCAAGAUGUUGUCUACUUCAAUUUUUUGUGGAA